UUAAUCAAUAGGUGUCCAAGCUACAUAGAAUCAAAAAAUCUAACACGUGUCUCAGAAUUCUUUCUCAUGGGACUCUCAGAUGAUCCAGAACUGCAGCCCCUCCUCUUUGGGGUCUUCCUGUCCAUGUACCUGGUCACCAUGCUUGGAAACCUGCUCAUCAUCCUGACUGUCAUCUCUGACCCCCACAUCCACACCCCCAUGUACUUCUUCCUCUCCAACCUCUCCUUGGCUGAUAUAGGUUACACCUCCACCACGAUCCCUAAGAUGAUUGUGGACAUCCAAACUCACAGAAGAGUCAUCUCCUAUGUGGGAUGCCUGACACAGAUUUCUUUUUUGAUCUUUUUUGGAUGUAUGGAUUGUAUGCUCCUGACUGUGAUGGCUUAUGAUCGAUUUGUGGCCAUCUGUCACCCUCUGCACUACACAGUCAUCAUGAACCCACACCUCUGUGGCUUCUUAGUUUUGGGGUCUUUUUUAAUCAGCAUUUUGGAUUUCCAGCUACACAAUUUGAUUGCAUUACAACUUACCUACUUCCAGAAUGUGGAAAUUUCUAAUUUCUUCUGUGACCCUUCUCAUCUCCUUAACCUUGCGUGUUCUGACACCUCCACAAAUAACAUAGUCAUGUAUUUUGUUGGUGCCAUCUAUGGUUUUCUCCCUAUUAUAGGGAUCUUUUUCUCUUACUAUAAAAUUAUUUCUUCCAUUCUGAGAGUCCGCUCAUCAGGUGGGAAGUAUAAAGCCUUCUCUACAUGUGGCUCUCACCUGGCAGUUGUUUGCUUGUUUUAUGGAACAAGCCUUGGAGUAUACUUCAGUUCUGCUGUUUCACAUUCCCCAAAGAAGGGUGUGGUGGCCUCAGUGGUGUACGCUGUGGUAACCCCCAUGCUGAACCCUUUCAUCUACAGCUUGAGAAACAGGGACAUCAAGAGUGCUCUGUGGAGGCUCCUCAGCAAAACAAUCUAA